AUGGCGCCCCAGUUAAAACGGCGCAAACCGAACCCCAAAGUCGCAGAGGUCAAUUUCGACAACGACGCCCGCCAUGAGUUCCUGACCGGGUUCAGCAAGCGAAAGAAGCAACGCGCAAAGCAUGCCCAGGAAACCGCAGAGAAGCGAGCUCGCGAAGAACGUAUACAAGAACGCAAGAAGCUUCGUGAAGAGCGGACAGCAGAGUUCAAGCGCGCGAUGGAAGAGCACCAGCGGCAGCUCAAACGCUUGAAGGAAGAGGAUACCAGCGAUGGCAGCGACUCGGAUCCUGGGAAUGAUGGCGAUCAAGAUGAUGCAUGGGAAGGCUUUGAGGAGCCACCCGCGGUGGACUACGAGGCCGAAUAUAUCGACGAAGACAAAUACACCACAGUCACGGUUGAGGAGAUGGAUACAUCCCGCGAAGGACUUCUCAAAUCCGUCAGGGGAGAGGAUUCAGAUGAUGAGAACGAGGGCGAACAGAAGACAGCUGCACGCGCAACAGCCGAGACGCAGACUCAACCCACCAAACCACGCAAGGCGGCUACAGACAAGCCCAAGAAGAAGAAAAAGAAGUUCCGAUACGAGAGCAAGGAGGACCGGAAACUGGCGCGGACCAAGCAGAGACUAUCGAAAGCGAAAAAGGCCCAGGCACGUCGGGAGCGGUGA